AUGGGCCUAUUAUUAUCGAGCAUGCCUUACUUCCGAUUGAAGCACUAUCAGAAGGAAGCGCGAAAUAAACAUUUUCGUCAAUUUAGAGAAAGUUUCUCAAGAAAGUUUUCUAGGGAGCAAUGCAAUACUGACAUCAUUAAUAGAUUAUUGCUAACAUCCGACCCAUAUUUAAGUUGCAAUAGUAAAAAUAAAUCCAAAAAAUCAGAACCUUUCUGCAAGACUACUCUAGAAAUAUUGCUUCCAGGAAAAGUUACACAAGAAGUUGAAAGUGACGAAGAGGUUUGGGAUUCCUCAGAUUAA